AUGGCGCAGGGAUUCAAGCCGCUGAAGCGCAACCUCGGCGUUGCGCAGAAAGAGAAGCGCAAGGGCAACAGCAACGCAGGCCCCAAGGUCGGCAAGCGUAUCGCACCGAAGAAGAAGGGCGCACUGCAGGAGGUCAUCCAGAAAAAGCGCGACACGGCUCUCUCUACCUCGCGCAUCGAGCGCGAAAUGGCGGGGCGCGCGCAAAAGGGACCCCUGUCGAUCAUGCGCUCGGUUGCGGACCAGGCCGACAAGGGCGCAAAGCCGAAGCCGAAGCCGUAA